CAGCAUCUGAUCAGUUCAAGAUGAGUAUCUGCACGAGUAGCAUCACUGCUCUGAUUUUUGCUUUAUCUCUUCUUUUUCUGGCCACUUCUAUUGCCGCACAACGAAUACCGAAGUGUGGCGUGCGAUUGACGGAACCGAUCCAGCCGCAAAGCGUUCAGAAUGGUGGCAUACGUCCGAUGAUCGAGCAAUGGCCGUGGGUAGGCACUCUGUUUAUCCGUUUCGAAUCCGAUCCACCCGUGUUCGUCUGUUUGGUGACCAUCCUGAACGACCGCUUCGUACUAACGGCCGGAUACUGUCUAACUUCCACCAGACACGAGGUGGAGGCAUCCGAUCUAGCGGUUCGGAUCCGGAUGGACAGUUUCGAUCGAAAUAGGCACGAGUUCAAGGUUGAUGAGUUCCACAUAAGCAACUCGACGGAUCCGCUGGCCGCUUUGGCGCUGUUGAGACUUAUGAGUGAAAUCAAUUUGAAUUUAUUUGCCAGCCCUGUCUGUCUGUGGGAACGUGACGUUGCUGAACAGGAGUUUGUUGGCAAAAAUGGAUCGCUUGUCGGGUGGAAAUCGAACUUGUCCGGUGCAUUGGAGAAGAAUAUGAGGAUACUGAACAUGGUUGUUGUUCCAAGUUCAACAUGUCCUGUACGGCAAAAUGUGAUGACCGAGAAAUUUUGUACAAAAGUGCUGGACGAUAUUACUUAUGGGCAUGGUGACGGCGGUGGAGGCUUCUACUACGAAGAGGAAGGCAAAUGGUAUGUGAGGGGAAUUAUUGUGAAGUUUAGUGUUAUUGAAUUGGAAGAGCAGUAUCUGUCUUUCGCUGAUGUUACUCGUCAAAUAAAAUGGAUUAGAAAUAUAAUAGAAUGAUUGUCAACGUU